CCGGGCGGGCCCCCGCCGGGCGGCACCUCGGCGGGGGACAUGGAGCGCUACUACCGCCUGCUCCGCGCCGCCGCGCUGCUGGAGGCCGCCGCCGAAACUGCAGUGCCCAUCUGUGCAAAGGACAUCAGUGAUGAUCUGAUGAAAGAGUUUGCUUUUCUGUCUGGUGGAAGGGGCAAGGACAAGGCUUGGAUCAUCACCCUGCCCGACAAUGCUGGCUUCAACCAGGUGCCUGAGGAGAGCGUGGCCAGGGUCCUGACCUACCUGACCUCGGUGCCAAGUCAGCAUGAGUCUGACACUAAAUUUAUCCUGAUCCUGGAUAGAAGACUGGACACGUGGACAUCAGUCAAAACAACUCUCCAAAAGAUAGCAGCCUCCUUCCCAGGGAACCUGCACCUGGUGAUGGUUCUGCGGCCCACGGGGUUCUUCCAGCGCACCUUCACCGACAUCGGCUUCCGCUUCAGCCAGGAGGAUUUCCUGCUCAAGCUACCGGUGGUGAUGCUGAGCUCGGUCAGUGACCUGCUGACCUACAUCGAGGAGCAGCAGCUGACCCCCGAGCUCGGGGGCACGCUGGAGUACUGCCACAGCGAGUGGGUCAUCUUCAGGACGGCCAUCGAGAGCUUUGCCCUGACGGUGAAGGAGAUUGCCCAGCUGCUGCAGUGCUUCGGCACGGAGCUGGCAGAGGCGGAGCUGCCCGAGGACAUGCACGCCAUCGAGCGCCUGCUGGCGCUGCGCACCGAGAGGUACUGCCAGCUGAAGGAAGAUAUCACAGCAGUCACAAAAGAGGGAAACUUGCUUCUGAGCAGUUUUGAAGAGCCAGACCCGGGGGAAUGCAGCCAGGAGCAGCAGCCAGAGAGGUCUGGGGACUGGGAGACGGUGAAUCGGUUGCUUGGUCAGCUGCGAGAGAUGGAGACUGCUUUUGAUGGCUUCUGGGAAAAGCACCAGUUAAAGAUGGAGCAAUAUUUACAACUCUGGAAGUUUGAGCAAAGUUUUCAAGAGGUCAAGAAUGCCAUUGAAUUUCUAAUGGGUCAGCAGGCGGAGGUGCCCGACACCGGGGACAGCAUCCCCCAGGUGAAACAGAGGCUCAAGGACUUGGAGCACUUCGAUGGCAUGGCUCAGGAGCUGAUGGGCAAGGCUCAGGUGGUGAUCCUGCACGGGCACCAGCUGGCAGCCAACCACCACUACGCCCUGAACCUGAUCUGCCAGCAGUGCAACGAGCUGCGGCACCACUGCGACCUGCUGGCCGAGCACGGCAAGAGGAAGCACACGCGCCUGCAGAAGACCCUGGAGCUCCACACCCGCCUGCAGCAGGCUCUGCAGUGCUGUGAUGAAGGUGCCUACCUGCUCGCCAACCAGCAGAUGGACAAGUGCCAGUCCAAAGAAGGCGCUCAGAAGGCACUCCAGGACAUAGAAAGAUUUCUUGAAAGCUCUUCAUCCUACUUAAACCACGACCCCCAAGCCCUGCUCUACGAUUUUGAGUCAAUUUUGACGCCCGAGUUGAAGUGCCAGGUGCAGUCGGCGCAGGUGAAGCUGGAGAGCGUGCGGGGCAUGUUUGAGAGCAGGCAGUCGUGCUUCAGGAGGCUGCUGGACAAGCACGUGCGGCCCGUGCAGCUCGUGGCUCCCCGGCCAGAGAACCCCCCCCGCGCCAAGUCACCCCUCUUCUCUCCCAAGCACGGUGUAGAUUUUAAUUCCAGUUUGAAAUUUUCAUUUGAUCUCUCUCUCCCUGGAAAGAAAACUUCAAGAAAAACUCCAAGUUCUCGCAAGAUCGAGGUCAUGCACGACUACCAGGAGAAGAGGAAUUCCUUGCAGUACUUCAUUUCCGACAGUGAGGACAGCUUGGAUGUGCUGAAAGGCCAUGUCAUAAACGAGCUUAUAGAAACAGAGAGAGUGUAUGUGGAGGAGCUCUUCACUGUCCUGACGGGCUACAGAGCUGAGAUGGAUAACCCUGCCAUGCUGAUGCUGCUGCCCCCCGUGCUGAGGAACAGGAAGGAUGUUCUCUUUGGGAACAUGCCCGAGAUCUACGACUUCCACAACAAAAUUUUCCUGCACAGUCUGGAAAGCUGCCUGGGGGCACCCGAGCGAGUGGGCUGCUGUUUCCUGGACAGGCGGGAGGAUUUCCAGAUGUAUGAGAAGUACUGCCAGAACAAGCCCCGCUCCGAGUCCCUCUGGAGGCAGUGCUCCGAGAGCUCCUUCUUCCAGGAAUGCCAAAGGAAGUUAGAGCACAAACUGGGGCUGGACUCCUAUCUGCUCAAACCAGUGCAGCGCCUCACCAAGUACCAGUUACUUCUGAAGGAGCUGCUAAAGUACAGCACGAGCUGUGACGGAGUUCAGGAACUUCAGGAGGCUCUGGUUGCAAUGUUGGAUUUGCUGAAGUCAGUCAACGACUCCAUGCAUCAGAUUUCAAUCACAGGAUAUGAUGGUGACCUGAGUGAGCUGGGGAAGGUGUUGAUGCAGGGAUCCUUCAGCGUGUGGGCAGGACACCGAAAAGGGCCCACAAAAAUGAAGGACCUGGCCAGGUUCAAGCCCAUGCAGAGGCACCUGUUUCUGUAUGAGAAAGCCUUGGUCUUCUGCAAGAAGAGAGAGGAGCACGGAGAUGGAUAUGACAAAACCUCAUCCUACAGCUUCAAGCACUUUCUGAAAAUGAAUGCAGUUGGGAUAACUGAGAAUGUGAAAGGAGACCACCGGAAAUUUGAGAUCUGGUACAGUGGGAGAGAGGAGGUCUACGUGGUGCAGGCCCAAACAGUAGAUCUGAAGAUGGCGUGGUUGAAUGAAAUAAGAAAAAUUUUGUUCAAGCAGCAAGAGCUUAUAAAAGCAGGGGAGAAGCAGCAGCCUGGCUCGUGCUCGGAGCAGCUCCCACUCUCCUCCCAGCUGGGGGACAGGAAGCAGCAGAGAGCCUCCAUCAGCUCAGAAGAGAACGACUCGGAGCGCACCAGCCCGGUGCUGCUGGACAGCGGGCUGCUGUCCCCCCAGAACAAACCCCACAGAAGCUGGCCGGGAAUGUCGCAGUCCCUGGAGAUCUGCGAGGGGCUGGAGGAGUGGGCAGGCCAGCAGUGCCUCUCCGCCUGCUCCGACACCGAGGAGGAGGAUGGCAGCCAGCUGUCUCCAGGGAAAUACAAAGCCCUUGCAGACUGCAAGAGGAGGGGAUCAGAGGACCUGCUGGUGAAAAACGGGGAUGAAAUCCAGCUCUUGCAUGAAGAUGGUGAGGGACAGUGGUUGGUGAAAAACCUAAACAGAAGAAAAGAAGGCUGGAUUCCUGUGCACAGUCUGCAGAUUGUAGUCGGUGACUGCAGGUUUCGGAAUGCCAAAGUUGCAGAUUUCAUUGCACGAGCACUGGGUAGAAGACCGGGGAGAAGAGAUGGAGUCUGACCAGGCAUUCCCAGGACUGUUUUGCCUCCUCCCUGCUGUAGCUCACUCCCCGUGUGAGCAGCAGGUACCUAAGCAAACUCCUCCUGCUGCAGAGACAUCGUGGCCUGACCCCAGCACUCCAAAGGCAAUACUUCCUCCCUGCUGCCUCCCUCCUGCCCUCACUGCUGCCUGCUGGUUAAUCCACCCUUAGAGGAAGUUUAUUACAAACAGGUUGCCAGGUUUCAGCCAAAGGCUUGGAGUCUCCAAACCCAGAGUUCUCAUUUUCUAGCUGUAACUGUACAUAGAAAUAGACAGGGAAGCAUAAGAGAUGACACAAGAAAAUGCCUUAAGAGCAGCCCGCUGCCCUUGCCAUGUCCACAGUGUCACUGCUCCAUGUGUUUUCUCAUCACCACGCUGUCCUCUGCAAGUGGGAGAGCAGGGCUGGAGAUGGAACAGCUCCCACGUAGACUUA